GAGCGAGAGCGGCAAAAAUGAAAAGCCACGGCCAUAUGCCAUAUACAUACAGAUUGGAUUGAGAGGAGUAUUCAAUCCUAGAAGUAGAAGUAAAUGGAAGAUUCAAUCAGCAUAUUUAGCAAAGCCCUAGCUUCCUUCUGCAACCAUCUCCAAACCAGUUGCGACGCUCUCAAGCAGUCUGUCGACCGCCGUCCCAUCCCUCUCGAUUCGGCAUCGUCUACCUUCAUACAAUGUCUGAACCGUCGCGUUUCAGCCGUUACCGGCGAUCUGAACUUGCUUGAAUCCAUGUCGUUUGGUACUGUAUCUUUUGAGGAGCUAUUAGGUCACUGCAAUGAAGUUUACAAGAAAAACCAGAGCGAUCUCCUUCAACUUGAAGAUCGUCUCAAGGACUUCGGCUACGUCCCUGAGGUUGAAGUCGAAAUCGAUGAUCAAGAUAAGGAUUCCAGUAUAUCAACGGCUCUUGAUCUGGAACACAAGAAUGGAUUGGACCUUCCCUCUUAUUGCAGACCCGUGUCUGCAGUGAGUUCAAUUAUGAAGAAUUUGGAAGAGGACCCGUUAAUGGAUGAGUCGUUGAGUUUGAAGAGUCUUGGCCUUUCAGACGUUUGUCUUGCCACUCUAGCAUCUGAAGCAAACAAGAAGAUAGAUGAUCCUGAUAUAUUUAUGGGAGAAUCAAUUAAGUAUUAUGGUGACGAACAAUAUAACAUAAAGAAUCCGGACCAAACUGCUGCAGAUAUCAUUGAAGUAAUUGAAGGGAAAAUGGAAGGUGAUAUGAAGCCGACAGGUAGUCUUAGGGCCCUAGUAGAAGUAUCAAAAGAUGAUUAUGAAAGUCUGCCUUCGUACAUGAAAAGUCUAACUUCAUGGGAGAAGAAAGAAGAAUAGCUUUGAAAAGUGCUAGCUCCGUGCUUUGUGAAACACCGGCUGAUGAAUCUUUUUCACAGCAAUAUAACUGCAUUACCCGCUCAAUGAACCACCGUCAAAAGCAUUCUAGGAUCCCAAGAUUUAUUCCAGGAGCUUUUCUUGACAAAUCCACUUUUCGUUUGCUUUGCCAUUCAUUUGAUGCUACUUCUCCAAGUAAACUGUUCCAAUUAACUUAUUUAUUUGCUUUUUGGCCUAUGACUUUGUUUUGUUUAUUCCCUGAGCAAAUUUGAUAUUAAAAAUGGUGUGCUAUCACUACUCGUGCAUCUCACGUUGAAAGCUCGUUCACUGUCUUGCUUCUGUUGUAUGAUAUUGAUUAAAAUUUUCAGUGCAUGUAUUUAUGAUAGUUAGUCAGUCGGUCAGCUAGUGAUUGUAACCUAGUUGAGCCGAUUCAUACUGAGUUGAGCUCAAGCUUUACCUUGAUUGGUUUUUGAACUAAGAUUGAGUGUACUAUCGUAAGCUUAAAUCCCACUCCAGCAGAGCCUGAAUUUUGUGAAAGACUUGGCUUUGCUCUUUCAUGGAGUUUAUAUAUGUAAUGUCCAAGAAAUAAUAAUUGAAUAAUUGAAAGGCCCACUUCCUCUCUUUGGCGAGAAAAACUAUCGGAGAAAAGAUGGGGAGAGGGACAGGUAGCUGUUAAAGAGAGAUGGGGAGAGGGAAGAAUGUGGCUUUUUUUUGUUAAUCGUCUAAUUAUUAACCCUUUAAAAGAGUACGAUUUGUCUUUUAACAAUCCACUUAAGGCAAAAUAGGAGUGAACUUCAAUUUUAACAAAGCACAAGUUAGAGAUCAAAUCAUUCAAUAUCAAUAUCUAAAAUACUAUGAUCAAAUAGUGAUUAAUGGUAAAAUCUAAAAAUUAAAUUAUAAAUUUUCCAAACAAAAAUCCAUAAAGAUUUUUGAGGGCAGAAAUUUCAACGUUUCGAAAGGAAAAUGGUUUUAGUGCCUUGCAAGGAAGCUUUUUCACGCAUCUUACGAUAAAAAAAAAUGUUGUGGUAAUUUAAGGACGCUAUUUAAUGAAAAGAGGCAUGCCUAUGCCUAAACCGCUAGUUGGUGGCUUUGGUGCUACUGCUGAUCAUUCCUUGCAGCUUACAUUAUGUAUUUGCGCUGCACUUUUGCUAUCUGUAAAUAUGUAUUUUCACGGAUUGUACAACUCAAACUCAUAUCAAUAUAUAAGUGAUCCCAUGAUACGUUAUAGCAGUAAUAAACUAUUAAUAUCUUUUUCCUUUUUCCACUUGAAAUUAAACUUUCUUUGGACAUGGGCUUUUUCGCUUCGGUUAUUUGAGGACAACUUUUCACUUAAUACAUGGAGUUGAUGAACAUUCUGGU